AGAGCGGGUGGAAUAGACCGGUCAAAGUAUAAUGCUGAAUAAGGGGAUGUACUUGUUUUCUCUUAUCAGGAAGCUUGAAAAGAAGAGGCUGCCAAGAUGCCUGAGACUGGCGGCGCAUCGGAUGAUCCCAGGAAGGGCCUGACGCUCGAUGACCUCAUUGCGGCCAUUGACCGGCAUGAAAGGAACCCGAGCAAUAUCCCUAAGGUCGAUACCUUUCAUUUUUGUGGGGAGAGAGUCUCAGACUGGCUGGAGCGGGUGGAACAGGCUUUGGUAGGGCGGUCGGAUGUUGUAAAGUUUCAACGCAUUCUCCAGUACGUCCACCACAGCUACCACCAAGAAGUGAAGAAAGUCAUAAAUGCGGCCCAAGGUAGCUGGGAAAGGUUCAAGGAAGGAAUGCUGAGGAAGUACCGCCUGGAAGACGGAUUGUUGACCACCACGGACCUUGAGGCGAUGAACAAAGAGGACUUUACGACGAUAGGGGCCUUUGUUCAAGAAUUCAAGAAAAGGGCACGGAAGGUCCAUGGGAUUUCGGAGCAGGCGCAGUGUGCUAUCUUCCUGGGGCUACUUACGGCAUCGGAGGCCGUCGAGCUGACAAGGCAUGGAGGAGGCAGCACCAAGCUCACCUGGGCCACCAUUGACAAAGGGGUGGAAGUCGGAUGCUUGGACCAGGUGGAGCAACGCCAGCCCAGGCCCAGCCUACGACCCCGCCGCCGUCACCCGCUCCCAGUUCACAGGGAAGCGUGGCUGGAGGUGGGAACCAGGGGCAGGGCAAUCAAGGCAACGGAGGAAGGGGUGGAGGAAGGGGGCGAGGCAGGAAUGGCGGCGGACGAGGGGGACAAUGGAAUGGUCAAGGCCGGGGGAGUCAAGGCCAAGGGAACCAAGGCCAGGGGUAUCCAGGCCAAGGGGACCAAGGCCAGGGGGAUCAAGGAAGUCAAGGCGCCUGGGCGACCCGGAGUAAAUGUGGUGGGGUCGGGCCCACAAUCGGGAGUGAUGGGGAGACCCCUCACCCCGCAGGCCCGGCUGGCGCAGGCAGCGCGAACGAGAAGUCAAGCCAAGGCCAGUGCCAGCCAAGAGCCUCCGAGGAGGGAGCCGGAACAAGAAAAAAGGAAAGAGGACGUGGAAGUGGAGGAUGACGAUGAUGAGGAGGAAGAAGACGAGAGACUGCGUCGAGAAGAGGAUCAGAGAGCGGAGCAGCGGGCAAGGAGAAAGAGAACCAGGGAAGAGGCUGAGCCAGUCAUGCGUGACAGACCGCCCAAGAAGAAAAAGUACGCGGUUCGGUUGGAAGAGGGGUUUGACGUAGAGCGGGUGAUCGACAGGCUGCUAUUAGGGCAUAACGAUCUCAUGACCCUGAAGGAAAUCCUGGCGUCAGCCCCGCGGCCCCGCGAUGAAUUAAAGGGAGGACCAUGUCUUAUCAACGAAGGGAAUGAGGGGAAGUUGAUUAUAGAGGAACCCGACUUCCUGCUGCCUCAGGAACGAACAUUGAUGGUGGAGUUGAUGAAGAGGAAGCAUCGCGCCUAUGAGUUUAGUGACGAGGAGCGUGGCAGGCUGGAUGUGGACAAGAUACCUAUGAUCCGCAUCCACACCGUGCAACACGAGCCUUGGAUCAUGAGAGGGGCGCGAUAUCCUAAUUGUGACGAGGAAAAGAAGGUGGUGGAUUACCUCGACGGCAAGAUACGUACACACGUCGCUGACUAUUCGAGUAGACCGUAUGCGUCCCCGUGGUUCUGCUUCAUCAAGCCUAACGGGACGCUGCGGUGGGUGCAAGAUUUGCAAAGGCUGAAUGCGGUGACCGUGCAUGAUGCUGGAGGAUUGCCCAAUGCGGACGCGCUGUCGGAAUCUUGUGCUGGAAGGCCUAUAAUCUCACUUAUAGACCUUUACUCAGGAUAUGAUCAGAUCCCGGUCUACCCGCCGGACAGGCCGGUGACGGCUAUGCACACGCCACGGGGACUAAUCCACAUGAACGUGGCCCCACAAGGGUGGACCAACGCGGUAGUAAUGGUCCAACGGGCCAUGAUUCGGGCUAUGCAGUCAGUCAGCCCCCAUAUCACACAGCCAUACAUCGACGAUUUGGCGGUGAAGGGGCCGGCAGUGAAGGAGAGCGACGAAGUCUUGCCAGGGGACAUGGAAGGAAAGGAGAGACCCUUGAGAUUUGAGAGUCGGACUCUCUGUACGACCGAGAGGAACUACUCUCAGUUCAAGAGGGAGACCCUUGCCGUCCUCCACUGUCUGCGGAUCUUCCGAAACUACAUCUUCGGCAGGAGGUUUAUUUUGAGAGUGGAUCCGACCGCCCUGGCCUACUCUCUAAGGAAUUACGUCCCAUCGGAUCCGAUGGUUGCCAGGUGGCUGACGUACAUCUGGAUGUUUAAUUUCGAGUUGGAGCGGAUUCCUGGCAGUAAGAACCGAGCAGACGGGCUGAGUCGGAUCAACUGGGAUAAACAGGAAGGGGAGGCGGUGGAGAAUAUGCCCCCAGUUGCUGGAUUUCUGGAUCAGGAGGAAGAUGUUCGUCUCCAUAUCAACAAGUGGUCGCCGCGAGUACCCAGCUGUGUAGGCUAUCCUAUCUGGCAAGCGCCGAGUGGGUAUGAACGGAGGGCCGAGCUAGUCCUCAAACCCUUCGAAGAAGAGGAUCCCUGGGGUGGUAAGGGUGUUCAGUGGAUGAUGGAGUUGGCGCUGGCUAGUUCGCAUAGUCUGGUGGAGGACAUGAGGACGAUCGAGGAAGGACCAGGCCAGGUAGAAUUGCUCGAGGACCUGAUGAGAGGAAUGUAUCUCCUCGUCAACAUGUUAUUGCAGGAAAGCCUCGACCAGUCAGGCUCAUUGAACCCGGCAGGGAAUGUGGACGAAGUGCCCGAGAGUCAGGACGACGAGUUCGAGGAAGGGGAGAUUAAGGAGGCCUUUCGUGCAGAGGAGUAUGACGGGAUCUACCUAGAGCUGGGACUCCUUCUGUCUUGCGAAAGGCGGCUAAGGGAUGCGAGCGAUAGGGCUCAGAGGAUAAUGCAGCGCUACUUAGUGCGAGACGACCACCUUUUCGUAAGGAGAGAAGUCGGGAAUCCCAGGAGAGUCGUCUGCGGUAGUAAUCGUCAGAUUGACGUCAUAGCGGCACUUCAUGACGGCAUUGCAGGAGGGCAUCGAGGGGUACAAGCCACGUAUGCCAAAAUAAGUGAGCUAUACUACUGGGAUGGGAUGAUGGACAUGAUCGGAAAGUUCUGUCGAUCUUGCGUGCCCUAUCAGGAGAGAUCCCGUUUGAGGCAAGGAGAGCCGUUACACCCAAGGUUAGAGCGGGAGGAGGGAGCCGUAGUGCAUCUCGAUCUGCUUUUCAUGCCGCUUGGGGAUCAGGGCUAUAAUUACAUCUUCGAUGCGCGCGAUAACCUGUCUGGCUUCGUAGAUGGGCGUGUCAUUCGUACCAAGACUGGUCCAGCCUUGGUUAGCUGCAUCGAGGAGUACCACCUGCGUUAUCCUUUUGUCAGAGAGUUUGUAAUGGUUAGGGGAUUUGAGUUUACCUGCCAGGAUGUGCAAGAACUGCUAUCAAGGUCUGACUUUACGAAGACAGCCAUGCCAAGAGGAGGGAAGGGGACACGGCCCCCUCGGAGGCCGUUGGGCGCAUCAGGAGGGUAUGAGCGGCAUGGGCCUCGUCAUCGAGAGAGCACUCCAGAGUAUGAUGGUGACGAUAUCGAGCUAUUCCUGGACAGUUUCUGGGAGCACGCGAGGCGUAUGGGUUGGACUGUGGCUCAGGGGAUUGAGAGGCUGAGGGGAGUUGGCAGGUUCGAGGAGCCUGUAGCUCGGAUCCGCAGGGAGGCGACGACGAGGUCAGAGGUGGAGAUGAGGAUGCAGGAGCUGCGGCCCUCGCCUAUGGGACCUGAUGGCAGGCCGAUCCGCCUGGAGAUUGGGAAUGCGUCGGACUUCAUCCCCGCUUUUGAGUGGUUCAUGCAGGGGCAAGCAAGUAAGGCAGAAGAGAGGUUGGAUCGCAAAAUCAAGUUCCUGGCCAAGACAACUUUUGACCGACACUUGUUGUUGGAGAGCGAUCUGGCGGGGAAAAAGACCAGAGAAGAAGACCAUGGAGUACGCCUGGAGGCUAUGGAGGUGGAAAUCCAGGAACUCAGGGCAUUGGUGGCCAGUCAGGCAGCUAUCAUCGAAAGCCUAAGGCAGCAAUCUCAGGGAAGAGCGGACAAGUCGGAGAGCAGCCGGCAGGGAGAGCAGAGGCAGUCAGGACAUGGUUUGCCAGGACAGCCAUCUGCAGCAGAGGCUCGCCAGGAGCCACCUAUGGGGAGAGUUAUCCUGGAGCCAGAGGAGGCGAGAGCCCAGAGGGAGGCAGAGAGAGAGGCCUUUGAGUUCAGAGCCCCUACUGAGCUCGCGACGCUACCUGUAGCAGCGGCGGGCCCAGUCAUACCUUUAGCAGUUGAGGAGGGGCUACCACCGCCUAGCAGUGAGCCACCUCAAGGCUUAGCAGAGGGAUUCAUGGACGUGCUCCUUGAGGCAGUGCAUACUAUGCAGGAGGAGGCGAGUUUGUUUUCGCCUGAGCAGAGGAUAGAGGAGCCUCUAGAGAGAGAGAUGAGGAUUGAGGCAGGGGGUGUCAUCGAGGGCGGGUUCCAGAGGUUGGGCACGCCUGAGUAUGGGCCAGAGGGGAUUGAGGAUCGACCAGGGCCGAGUACCCAGGAGGCAGAGACAGGAGAGGAGCCUUUGGAUAUGCCUUAGAGCCAUGAGCUGAGCAGGGAGGCCAGCGAAGCACCGUCGUCACCAAGAUCUC